CGUCCGGGGCUACGCCGGGGGAGCCCGGCCGGGUGAACGCUCCGCGAAGCCCCCGCGGUGCAGCCGGGGCGGGGCGGUGCUGCCCGGCCCUGCCCUUCCCGCUCCGCUCCCGUCGGGCCUCGCGCGCCGCUCCCGACACCGCCUCCCGGCGUCCCCUCCGCCUCUCCGGCCCCUCGCAGCCGCCGCCAUCAUGAAGGUCGAGCUGUGCAGCUUCAGCGGGUACAAGAUCUACCCGGGCCAUGGCCGCCGCUACGCCCGCACUGACGGGAAGGUUUUUCAGUUCUUGAAUGCAAAAUGUGAGUCUGCAUUCCUUUCCAAGAGAAACCCCCGUCAGAUCAACUGGACUGUUCUGUACAGGCGUAAGCACAAGAAAGGACAGUCAGAAGAGGUGCAAAAGAAGCGCACGCGCCGUGCAGUGAAGUUUCAGAGAGCCAUCACUGGUGCCUCUCUAGCUGAGAUUAUGGCCAAGCGAAACCAGAAGCCCGAAGUACGAAAGGCGCAGAGGGAACAAGCUAUUAGGGCUGCAAAGGAAGCCAAGAAGGCUAAGCAGGCAACCAAGAAAACAGCUGUUUCUGCUGCAAAGGCCCCUACAAAGGCAGCACCUAAGCAGAAGAUUGUGAAACCAGUCAAGGUUUCUGCUCCCCGUGUUGGUGGAAAGCGCUAACUUGCCAAACUGUUGGUCAUGCUGAAUAAACAUCUGAUGGAAUUCCA